UCCCAUCACUUCCUAGUCCUUCUUACUCAACACAUUAUUCGAUCUUGAGUGGAAGCAAGCAGGCUAGACAUGGCGGCAGCUACUGCACCAAAGACGAUGCCGUCGUCCGUUUUCGCCGCCGCACUGCUGCUCCUAGCCGCGGCGGCGUGCCAGGCCAGCCCUUACUACCCUCUGGAGCUAGGGUACUACCGUUACACUUGUCCCCAGGCCGAGGCUAUCGUCAAGGCCAGCAUGGAGAAGGCCAUCGCCCAGAACCCUGGCAAUGGCGCCGCCGUCAUCCGCAUGCUCUUCCAUGACUGCUUCGUCGAGGGCUGCGACGCUUCCGUGCUUCUCGACCCGACCCCGUUCAGCCCGACGCCGGAGAAGCUGGCCGCGCCCAACAACCCGAGCCUGCGCGGGUUCGAGCUGAUCGACGCCAUCAAGGACGCCCUCGAGGCCGCGUGCCCAGGGGUCGUCUCCUGCGCCGACAUCAUCGCCUUCGCGGCGCGCGACGCGUCCUGCUUCCUGAGCCAGGGCAAGGUCUCCUUCGACAUGCCGUCGGGCCGCCUCGACGGCACCUUCUCCAACGCCUCCGAGUCGGUCAAGUUCCUCGUCCCGCCCACGUCCAACCUCAGCGACCUCGCCUCCAGCUUCGCCGUCAAGGGCAUGUCGCUGGAGGACCUGGUCGUCCUCUCCGGCGCGCACACCGUCGGCCGCUCCCACUGCUCCUCCUUCGUCUCCGACCGCCUCGACGUCCCCUCCGACAUCAACCCUGCGCUGGCCGCCUUCCUCAGGACCCGCUGCCCGGCCAACACGACGACCAGCGACGACCCCACCGUGAUGCAGGACGUGGUCACGCCCAACGCCAUGGACAACCAGUACUACAAGAACGUGCUCUCGCACACCGUGCUCUUCACCUCCGACGCCGCGCUCCUCACGUCGCCGGAGACGGCCAAGUUGGUGCUGGACAACGCCAAGAUCCCCGGGUGGUGGGAGGACAAGUUCGAGAAGGCCAUGGUCAAGAUGGCCAGCCUCGAAGUCAAGACUGGGCACCAAGGACAGGUCAGGAAGAACUGCAGGGCGAUCAAUCACUACUAGCAAACAGCUGGUUGUUGAUCAGCUUGCACCACUGCAAUGUGGAAGACCUUCAGAAAAAGAAAAACUGCACAGUACGGGUGAUGGAUGGUGAAGGAUCAAUCGGUUCAGUUGUGUUGGUGUUUAAUUUGUUCAUGACCUGCAAGCGUGUGGUUUGUUGUAUGAUAUGGCAACUGUUGUUAUUAUCUUUCCAUUUGCCUUUGAUUUGUUGAAAACCUGGAGAGGUUUGUAUCUGUUAUUAUUCUUUGGUUUGUGUUUCUAUAUUUGGAUUAUCAAAUAAAGUUGAAUAUAUAAGUUCAGUUCUUUUAUA